AUGGAUAAUCUGUUGCCUCCAUCUAGAUUCUCUUAUUUCAAAAAAUAUCCUCUUCAUGCAAUUAGGAAAUAUUUAUCAACGCUGAGAAACCAAAGAGCUGAAGAUCAGGUUGCACGUUUUCAAAAAAUACCUAAUGGUGAAAAUGAGACAAUGAUUCCUGUAUUGACAUCCAAAAAAGCAAGUGAAUUACCAGUCAGUGAAGUUGCAGGCAUUCUCCAAGCUGAUCUUCAGAAUGGUCUAAACAAAUGUGAAGUUAGUCAUAGGCGAGCCUUCCAUGGCUGGAAUGAAUUUGAUAUCAGUGAGGAUGAGCCACUGUGGAAGAAGUAUAUUUCCCAGUUUAAAAAUCCUCUUAUUAUGCUGCUUCUGGCUUCUGCAGUUAUCAGUGUUUUAAUGCAUCAGUUUGAUGAUGCUGUCAGUAUCACUGUGGCAAUACUUAUAGUGGUUACAGUUGCCUUUGUUCAGGAAUAUCGUUCAGAAAAAUCUCUUGAGGAACUGAGUAAACUUGUGCCACCAGAAUGCCAUUGCGUGCGUGAGGGAAAGCUGGAGCACACACUGGCCCGAGACUUGGUUCCAGGAGAUACUGUUUGCCUAUCUGUUGGGGACAGAGUUCCUGCUGACUUGCGCUUAUUUGAAGCUGUGGAUCUUUCCAUUGAUGAGUCUAGCUUGACAGGAGAGACAACACCUUGUUCUAAGGUGACAGCUCCUCAGCCAGCUGCAACUAAUGGUGAUCUUGCAUCAAGGAGUAACAUUGCCUUCAUGGGGACACUGGUCAGAUGUGGCAAAGCAAAGGGUAUUGUCAUUGGAACAGGAGAAAAUUCUGAAUUUGGGGAGGUUUUUAAAAUGAUGCAAGCAGAAGAAGCACCAAAAACCCCUCUGCAGAAGAGCAUGGACCUCUUAGGAAAACAACUUUCCUUUUACUCCUUUGGUAUAAUAGGUAUCAUCAUGUUGGUUGGCUGGUUACUAGGAAAAGAUAUCCUGGAAAUGUUUACUAUCAGUGUAAGUUUGGCUGUAGCAGCAAUUCCUGAAGGUCUUCCCAUUGUGGUCACAGUGACAUUAGCCCUUGGUGUUAUGAGAAUGGUGAAGAAAAGGGCUAUUGUGAAAAAACUACCUAUUGUUGAAACUCUGGGAUGCUGUAAUGUGAUUUGUUCAGAUAAAACUGGAACACUGACGAAGAAUGAAAUGACUGUUACUCACAUAUUUACUUCAGAUGGUCUGCAUGCUGAGGUUACUGGAGUUGGCUAUAAUCAGUUUGGGGAAGUGAUUGUUGAUGGUGAUGUUGUUCAUGGAUUCUACAACCCAGACGUUAGCAGAAUUGUGGAAGCGGGCUGUGUAUGCAAUGAUGCUGUGAUUCGGAACAACACUCUAAUGGGGAAGCCUACAGAAGGAGCUUUAAUUGCUCUUGCCAUGAAGAUGGGUCUUGAUGGACUUCAGCAAGACUAUAUCAGAAAAGCUGAAUACCCUUUUAGCUCAGAGCAAAAGUGGAUGGCUGUUAAAUGUGUACACCGAACACAGCAGGACAGACCAGAGAUUUGUUUUAUGAAGGGUGCCUAUGAACAGGUGAUUAAGUACUGUACUACAUACCAUAGCAAAGGACAGACCUUGACCAUUACACAGCAGCAGAGAGAUCUGUACCAGCAAGAGAAGGCACGCAUGGGCUCAGCAGGACUCAGAGUUCUUGCUGUGGCUUCUGGUCCUGAACUGGGACAGCUGACAUUUCUUGGCUUGGUGGGAAUCAUUGAUCCUCCCAGAACUGGUGUGAAAGAAGCAGUUACAACACUCAUUGCCUCAGGAGUAUCUAUAAAAAUGAUCACUGGAGAUUCACAGGAGACUGCAGUCGCUAUUGCCAGUCGUCUGGGAUUAUAUUCUAAAACCUCCCAGUCGGUCUCAGGAGAAGAAAUAGAUGCCAUGGAUGUCCAGCAGCUUUCACAGAUAGUACCAAAGGUUGCGGUAUUUUACAGAGCUAGCCCAAGACACAAGAUGAAAAUUAUUAAGUCUCUACAGAAGAACGGGGCAGUUGUAGCCAUGACAGGAGAUGGAGUAAAUGACGCAGUUGCUCUGAAGGCUGCAGACAUUGGAGUUGCAAUGGGCCAGACUGGCACAGAUGUUUGCAAGGAGGCAGCAGACAUGAUCCUGGUAGAUGAUGACUUCCAAACCAUAAUGUCAGCAAUUGAAGAGGGUAAAGGGAUUUAUAACAACAUUAAAAAUUUUGUUAGAUUUCAGCUGAGCACGAGUAUAGCAGCAUUAACUUUAAUAUCAUUGGCUACAUUAAUGAACUUUCCUAAUCCUCUCAAUGCAAUGCAGAUUUUGUGGAUCAAUAUUAUUAUGGAUGGACCCCCAGCUCAGAGCCUUGGAGUAGAACCAGUGGAUAAAGACGUCAUUCGUAAACCUCCUCGCAACUGGAAGGACAGCAUUUUGACUAAAAAUUUGAUACUUAAAAUACUUGUUUCAUCAAUAAUCAUUGUUUGUGGGACUUUGUUUGUCUUCUGGCGUGAGCUGCGAGACAAUGUGAUAACACCUAGAGACACUACGAUGACCUUCACGUGCUUUGUAUUUUUUGAUAUGUUUAAUGCAUUGAGUUCCAGAUCUCAGACCAAGUCUGUGUUUGAGAUUGGACUCUGCAGUAAUAAAAUGUUUUGCUAUGCAGUUCUUGGAUCCAUCAUGGGACAAUUACUAGUUAUUUAUUUUCCUCCACUUCAGAAGGUUUUUCAGACCGAGAGCUUGAGUAUACUGGAUCUGUUGUUUCUUUUGGGUCUCACCUCUUCAGUAUGCAUAGUGGCAGAAAUUAUAAAGAAGGUUGAAAGGAGCAGGGAAAAGAUCCAGAAGCCUGUUAGUUCGACAUCACCGUCUUUUCUUGAAAUGACUAAAGCCAGCCAACACUUGCAAGGUCUGGCUCUGGGAGAGGAGUGGACAGCAGCUGAUUGAGAUACAUCCCCAUCUGGAGACAGCACUGCCACUGACAGAAGAUGUGAGCCGUGUCUAAAUCCAAACUCAGGCCCUGGCGUGGUGGCUCCUUCUCCCUCUGGAAGUCUUCAUACAACAUCUUAGCACCACCUUCCCGCAGAUCUUCCUUAUCUAGACAAAGAACCCAAGGGCAGCAUUUCCCAAAACACAGCAUCAUCUUACCAUUUUUUCCAAACAUAAGACUUGAGAUUCCACAAAGAAGAAAAUUAGUCUAAGAAACUAAUUGUUUUUCUCUUCUGGUUUCAUACAUACCUUGCUUUGUAAGUUGAAAUAUUUAUAUUGAAGUACCUUCUUAAUGGUAACCUGGUUUUAUUCAACUCCCUACUUUUAAUUUUUUCCUUGAAAUAAGAUCUCUUCCACUGCUGCACUACCUGGCCAUAAAAGUGUGCAUGUGAACUCUCUAAAAUGUGUCUGAAAAAUACAGAUGACUGUUAAACAUUCUUCUCUUUACUGGUUUCUUUCAUAAAAAGCUCCGUAAUAUAGUGCACUUGCUUUAAAGAAACAGCUUGUGUGUUUAUAGUGCAAUUUUAAUCUAUUUUAUGUGAGGAAGACUAAAGUCUGACUCACAAUCUCAGAAUCUGACAAAUAAUCAGCUUCUUCACCUAGAAGAUAAAGGGCUAGAAACAACCACCUUAGGAAAUAGUGAAUGUUAUGUAUGUUUAGAUGUGAAUUUCUGCAGGUUUAAGCAGAGGCACACAAAAUAACAUCUGGACCAACUUGAAAGUAAUAAAAAGGAGGCCCACCUUUCACCAACUAGCAAGCAGCAAGGCACUGAGCCUGCUUGGGUGUGGACUCUGUAUUUCCUAAAAGAAAAGAAACAGACCCUUGACAUGUCCCUUCUGUAGGACUGAGGUAAAACGUUAACAGCUCAUGCUCUGAGAGUUUCCCUCUACUUAUUCAGAGAGGAAAUGCCCUCAGCCUGUGUUUCUAAGGCAGGAGUGGGCCUUAAUUGUUUCUUGUCUGUCAUUCACCCACAAUCCCUCUGAAGGCUGCUGUCACAUGUAAGCCUUAAUACUUGGAGUGUUUUUGGGUCCAUGCUAUUUUGUUCUUUUA